GUUGAAAACGUUUUGUUCAAAUCAUUUUGAAUUCUGCCCCUCAGUGAAGCAACAAGCCGAGAGGUUGCAUUUAAAUUACUUAAAACCAACAAAAACUAAGAAAAACUAAUUUAAAAAUGACUGAGGAAGUUAACCCGAAAGCAUUCCCCCUGGCUGAUGCUCAGCUCACCUCGAAGAUUAUGAAUUUGCUGCAGCAGGCACUGAACUAUAACCAGCUGCGCAAGGGAGCUAACGAGGCCACCAAGACGUUGAAUCGUGGUUUAGCUGAUAUUGUGGUGUUGGCCGGAGAUACAGAGCCCAUUGAGAUUCUGUUGCACUUGCCGCUGUUGUGCGAGGACAAGAACGUGCCGUAUGUGUUUGUGCGCUCCAAGCAAGCUUUGGGACGUGCAUGCGGCGUGUCGAGACCUAUUGUUGCCUGCUCGGUGACCACCAACGAGGGCAGCCAGCUUAAAUCUCAGAUUACCUCUAUACAGCAGGAAAUUGAAAGGCUUUUAGUUUAAGUGAAAAGUAAACCAAAACAGUACAAAACUUUUGAAAUAAAACAUGUAUU